ACCGGAAGUCGUCACGUCGAUGGGCGGGGCUUGUUGUGCCACGUUGAUGGACAGCAGUGGGGACGUGGAGCUCUGUCCAUCUGCAGGCAAACCCCACACAACCCCGCGGGGCUCAUACAGUUAUCCUGCUAAUUCACUCUAACGCUCGCGUGUGCGCGUGGAUGAGUCUGUGUGCGACCGCGAGAGAAGGAUGAAGCUGAAAGAAAUAAACCGAACAGCUAUCCAGGCCUGGAGCCCGGCGCAGCAGCACCCCAUCUAUCUGGCCGCAGGUACGUCGGCCCAGCAGCUCGAUGCCACCUUCAGCACCAAUGCGUCUCUGGAGAUCUUUGAACUGGAUCUGGCUGAUCCCACUUUAGCCAUGAAGUCCUGCGGCUCCUUCUCCUCUCCGCACAGAUAUCACAAGCUAGUCUGGGGUCCACAUGGCAUUGACGACCAGAGUUUGCCAUCGGGGGUCCUCAUCGCUGGAGGGGAGAAUGGCAACAUCAUCCUGUACGACGCCUCCAAAAUCAUUGCUGGAGACAGUGAGGUCAUCAUUUCCCAGAGCGAGAAACACACGGGACCAGUAAGAGCUCUCGACGUCAACUCGUCUCAGACUAACCUUGUGGCCUCCGGGGGAAAUGAGUCAGAAAUCUACAUUUGGGAUUUGAACAACUUAAGCUCCCCAAUGACGCCAGGACCCAAAACACAGCCCCUCGAGGACAUCAGCUGUGUUGCGUGGAACAAACAGGUGCAGCACAUCCUGGCCUCGGCCAGUCCCAGCGGAAAAGCUUCAGUCUGGGAUCUGAGAAAGAACGACCUGAUCAUCAAAGUCAGCGACCACAGCAACAGGAUGCAUUGUUCUGGUCUGGCCUGGAACCCGGAGGUGGCCACUCAGCUGGUUCUGGCGUCUGAAGAUGACCGGAUGCCCGUCAUCCAAAUGUGGGACCUGCGCUUUGCCACCUCUCCUCUCAAAGUGCUGGAGAGCCACACAAGAGGUGUCUUGGCCAUAGCCUGGAGUGAAGCAGAUCCAGAGCUGCUGCUGAGCUGUGGGAAAGAUAACCGGAUCCUGUGCUGGAACCCCAACACGGCCGAGGUCCUGUAUGAGCUGCCCACCAGUACUCAGUGGUGUUUUGACAUCCAGUGGUGUCCCAGAAACCCAGCUGUGCUGUCUGCUGCUGCCUUCGAUGGCCAUAUCAGCAUCUACUCCAUCAUGGGAGGAAGCAAUGACCACGCCACUACUUUACAGGCUGAACAGUUAAGUAGUUCAUUUGGAAAUAUGGAUCCUUUUGGUACGGGCAAGACGCUGCCUCCUUUACAGCUGCCUCAGACCGCCCCGUCCCAGAGCACCGUCACGCCUCUCAAGAAACCCCCCAAAUGGAUCCGCAGACCAGUUGGAGCGUCUUUCGCUUUUGGUGGAAAACUAGUGACUUUGGACAACAUCAAGCCAGCGGCCCAGCAGAGUGCCGCCCAUGUGGUUCAUAUCAGUCAGGUUGUGACCGAAACCGAUUUCCUUGAUCGAUCGAACCAACUUCAGGCGACGCUCACUGCAGGAAAUUUCCUUGAGUACUGCCAAAGCAAGACUGAAGCUGCUCAGAGUGAAUUUGAGAAGACCGUCUGGUCUUUUCUGAAGGUGAACUUUGAAGAAGAUGCACGAGGGAAAUAUUUGGACCUUUUGGGAUACAAGAAGGAAGAGCUCGCUUUAAAGAUUACAUCAGCAUUAGAACAGAACUGCAAAUCUGAUGAGGCCGAUGUGGUUGAGAAGAAAAGCACUGUAGAAGAAGAAGAAGAAGAGCCGCCUGCCGCUGAGACAUCGGACCUAGACGAGAUUCCUUUUGAGGAUGAAGAACCUGCUGCUGAGGAGACGUCCAACACAGACAUUACUCCAGCUCCUACUUCAGACACUGUUAACCUCAAAGUUAGCCAGGACAUUGAUUGGCUGAUCACCCAGGCACUGCUGACUGGGGAUUACGAAGCUGCUGUUAACCUCUGUCUGCAUGAUAACCGAAUGGCUGAUGGCAUCAUCCUGGCUAUUGCUGGAGGUCCCGAGCUUCUGGCAAAGACUCAGAAGAAAUACUUCAGCAAAACUCAAAGCAAAAUCUCUAAGCUCAUUAGUGCUGUGGUGAUGAAGGACUGGUUGGAUAUUUUGGAGACAUGUGACCUGCAGAACUGGAAGGAAGCUCUGGCUGCAGUAAUGACUUACGCAAAGCCGGAGGAGUUCUCCUCGCUCUGUGGUGUGCUGGGCUCCAGGCUGGAGGCUGCUGAGGACACAGCACUGCAGGCUCAGGCCUGUCUCUGCUACAUCUGCGCAGGCACAGUAGAGCAGCUGGUGGCCCACUGGGCCAAAGCUCAGGACUCCUGCAGCCCGCUGUCACUGCAGGAGCUGGUUGAGAAGGUGGUGGUCCUGCAGAGAGCUGUGCUGAGAGCUCAGGGUGGUGUUUCUACUGAUAUGGGUGCACUGAUGGCAGAGAAGAUGAAUCAGUACGCCAGUCUGCUGGCCUCACAGGGCAGCUUACAGACGGCCAUAUCCUACCUGCCCACCAACACUCAACAGGUUGCUGUGCAUCAGUUGCGUGAUCGUCUGAGCAGAGCUCUGGGUCAGCAGCAGCAGUCUGAAGUGAGGCAGACGCUCCCCGCCGCUGUCCCAGUGCAGACGUACACACAACCUCAACCUCCACAGGUCCCCGCGCAGCCCGCCGCACACACGCAGUAUCACCCACAGGGUAGAUCCGCCACUACUGUCACGUCCUGGAGUAACCAAACCCCUACAGCUCUGCCCAGUGUCCCUCGCCCACUCGUGCCUGCCUCUGACCCGCAGGUGGAGUCCUCCGCUCCAGGCUUCGGCCUUCAGUCUCCAGUGAGUGCGUCUGUUCCCGCCUCCGCUCCCUUCAUGUUCUCCCAGCAGUACCAGAACUGUCCUCAGCAGUUCACGCCUGCCGCCGGGACUCCUGGCAUCUAUCAGCCUCUUCAGUACUCUUCCUCUAUGGCCUCUCCUCUUCCUCCUCCACCCUCCUCCUCCUCUGCCGCUGCUGUCUAUCCUCCACAGUUCAUGCACCCUGUCUCAGCUCCUCCUGUGAUCUCCGGGCCUCCUCAGGGCCAGCCUUUCUCUCCUCCUCCUCUCUCUUCUGGCAUGUCUUUCCAGCACGGUGGGCCGGGGUCGCCCACGGCUUAUCUUCCCCCUCCGGUCUCCAGAUUUCCAGGUACUCAGUCUGAACCCGCACUGAUUCCAGCCUCUCAGAGAACAGGAGGAAUAAAUCAAGACUCAGCCUGGUCUUUGGAAGGACCUCAGAACGGCUGGAACGAUCCUCCUGCACUCAACAGAGCUCCCAAAAAGAAGAAGAUGCCAGAACACUUCACUCCACCAGCCCCCAUUACAGCACCCAUCAUGGCCCCUCUAGGAGACCCUCAGGUCCCUGCCGGCCAAACCAUGCAGACCCUUCAACCACAACAGCAGGGUCCAGAUCAGCCUGUGGGCCCAGCCAUCUUCACCCCCAUCCAGCAGCAGCCACUGGGACCCCCGGGCAGAAACCCCAGCAUGCCUCAGGGCAACAUGGAGGGUGCGCCUGGAGCGCCAAUUGGAGAUGUCAUAAAGUCCAUACCGACUGAGAAGAUCACGAAGAAGCCGAUCCCUGAGGAGCACUUGGUUCUGAAGACCACUUUUGAGGGACUGAUCCAGAAAUGCUUGGCUGCUGCUUCAGACCCGCAAACCAAGAGGAAGCUGGAUGAUGCUCAUAAGAGGCUGGAGUAUCUCUAUGACAAGCUGAGAGAGCAAACACUGUCUCCAGCUAUAGUCGGUGGUCUGCACAGUAUGGCCCGCAGCAUCGAGUGCCGCUGCUACACCGACGGACUCAACAUCCACACACACAUCGUGAGCAGCAGCAACUUCAGCGAGACGUCUGCCUUCAUGCCCAUCCUGAAGGUGGUGCUGACACAAGCCAACAAACUGGGUGUUUGAUGUCCACCGUCUGUAACACACACAAACCAACUAGUAUUCUCAACCCCUCAAGCCAUCUUUCCAGGACCAGUUGUGCAUAUACUUAACCGAUCUGGUUUACAGCGUUGUUUUAUCUGUUUAUUCUUCGUUUUCUGUCACGUGUUUUAAUGUUGUUGCUAUUAUUACAUAUUUGUAAUCAUGGCAUUGCAGAGUGCAAUAGGGCUUUCCCCUUUCAUGUCUCCAGUUUUAAUGGUAAAUUAGCUUCAUAAAAUGAAAUGCGAGAUUUAUGCUUUAGUGAAGAAUAGCGGCAAGCUAAUUGUUUCCAGUGCACCGUGUGUCAUUCUUAAUUUAUGCUAUUCAUUUGGCAUUAUUAUUUUGAUUUUUAAGACGUUUACGAUUAUCGCAGCUCCUCUGCAUUUCAUUUUGUUUUCUGGGAAUCUUCAUUGAUUCACGUUAUGACAUCAUUUCUGCAGAUGAAGUUCGGAUGUUGAAACUUCGUAAAAUGAUGAUAGAAUUUGAAAUGAAUUUUUAUUUAAGCAGUUUAUUUGAUUUAGUAUUUGGCAUUCGUACAAUUAGAAAUUUAUGACUAAAUCUUGAUUUAUGUUUGUUUCAUAAUAAUGCUGCCUGUCUUUAUAGUACAUCACUACAUGUUUUAGACAUCUUUUCAGAUCUUACUUCUGAAACAAAGGGGCAAAAGAAACAGGAUCCGAUGUGUGGAGAAAAAAAAAGAAGGUUAGGCUACAAUAAAGGGAAUGUUUUUUUUUUUUUUUAAUCUUUUUUUAAUUUUUUUUUUUUUUCAGAUCACAGUCUCAGCCAGCUAUUGUUCUGUUAAUAAGUCUGUUUUGAGCAAUUUUGCAUAUGGCUGCACAAAAGUUUGGAGGCUUGCUCUACAUCGUUGGGUUUUUUAUGCAAUCUGUGUACUGUCUCAGUAAUUGAGAUUGUACUGUAAAUCUGAUGAAUGUUUUGCAGUUUUAUUAAAAACAAAUUGAGACCGCU